CGAUGUAUUUAUAUCGAUGAAUGGAAAUGUAAACUCUCGUUUUCGUUGAGCACUCUUGAUUUUCCCUUUUAUGUAAUCCCCUGGAAAAAGAAAUCGUCAGGGAUGAACUCAUCCAAAUCCAUUGACGCUCGCCCUCGAGAGGCUUUCCUAUUUUAUAAUUUCAGCAUGAAUAUUCCGAGUGUACAUAUGUCUUCAAAGAUCGUGGAUUUGUCACUCAUCAUCUGUAUUAUCCGCGAAGAAAUGAUAUUUACUAAGAAGAAUUCUGUGUUAUGGUAAUUGACCACAGGUGUCUUCGAUCAGCGUCUUAGCAAAAGAGCCAUUCGUUUUUCAGUCAUGUAAUAGGUGAGAUACAUCUCGAGUGUUUGGUAGUAUCAUUCAGUAUUCUCGAGAAAUUCCUCCGAAUUGUAUCGUGAAUAUAUUUCCGUGUUUGCACCAAUAUCGGAAUAAUGCGAAGUAAGAAAAGAAGGUCUCACAGAGGUGCAAUGAGUUGCUAGAUUUAUACUAUCCAUCACAUUACACGUGAAUAAAUUAGGUUUUAAUUACUACGUAUGGCAGCUAAGGCUGGUGCGAUAGAUAACGACUUAUCCAGAAAUGGAACCACUUGUCCGAUUCCACUGGAAGUCCUGGAUUUUCUUCACGACUUCACUCGUCCCGAUUUGGAGACAGUCUGGCCCUGCCAAGUCCGAAUCUACUGGAUGAAUUUGCAGCCCCUGGUGCACGUGGUACGUUCACUCCUGACGUACGUAACACCAUUGAUAAUAGUCCUAGGAGUUACCCUCAAUGUUGUCUCCUUCGGGAUGCUGACUGCUCUCGUCCUGUGCGAUUCCGGACUGUCUCUCUACCUUCGUGCACUCGCAAUAUCAGAUAAUGGGGCAUUAAUUUUUAAUUAUGCAGUGGGUAUCGCGAGAUCCCGGUGGACCGAGGUCAAUACUCUAUUCAUGAAUAGUAGAUUCUUGUGUGGCAUGUACUCGGUGGCGAUGGAGUUCUUUCAGAUAACGUCGACGUGGCUCGUUGUGUCGUUAACUUGGGCCAGGGUGGGUGCUGUUAUUUUUCCACUCAGGAGCAGGAAUAAAUAUCACGAUCGAUCUGUUAUCAUUACCAUUAUCACUGUGAUCUGCAUCAGUUUUACCGUUUCUCUUACUAAAUUGUUCUCGGGAGGAUAUGAAUCAGACAGUAUUUUUGAGUUCAUUCCAUGUCAACAAGUGGCAACGCCCUGGGGCAGUUCUAUGUACGUGUACAUCGCAUUUUCCACAUGGCUACCGUCAUUGUUUAUUUUCGUGGGAAAUGUCCUGCUCAUUAUUCAUAUGAGAAAGUCGGAUUUAAUACGAAUUCAACUGACUCGGACCACUCGGAAUCCUAUGAAUUUAGCCAGUCGAACCAGCAAAACUCUCUUCGCUGUUUCUAUCGUCUACCUGAUUCUACUUUUUCCAUUCGGUUGUGUAGAAACUUUGGAGCUGUACUGGGAUGUUAUUCUUAUAAAAUAUCCAUCAAAGAAUAUCGCUGAGAAUGAGCAAUACAUUAGCUGGCUCCAAGAGAAAUUACUAUUAAAAUGGUGCAGAGGUUUCUUCUUCAACAUCUACCACUGGAACUUCGUAAUAAAUUUCUUCCUGUAUUAUUUGACAGGAAAGAAAUUCCGGGACCGAGUCUUGAACGCUCUGAGAAAGACUAAAAAAAUUAUCUACGACAGAAAUAUAGAGCGCUGUAGGUCCUGUUGUAAAUUCACCCGAAAUUUAUUGCCAAUGAGAUCGAAUAUUCUAGUGAUUCAGGUAAUUACUAUAACAGAGCCUCGGGUCAGCAACAAUGUGUCCCUGGAAAUUCAUAAUUUGAGUUUCCAGGAGAGAGAUGACCCCCACUUCUGAGACUGCCUCUCCCCGUGAUAAUAAUUACUGCAUUUUUCAAUAAAUAAUUUCAGCGUUAGUAUUAAUGAGAAAACAGUGACAUAGGUCAUCGAUUAAUUAUUAUUAAACGAGAUAAAAUAUCACAUUCUACAUCAGUAUAAUAUCAUAAGAUGUAAAUUAUUAUCAAUUUUCCAUUUUUCUGAUAUAAAUAUAAACUGGUGCACGAGGGAUUCGAGAUUUUUUUGUAGAGAUAAUUGUAAAUUUGGUCCCAAUAAUAAUUACAUCUAUCCUGAUAUUCCAAGAAAGUAAUACUGAAUAACGAAAAUAUAAUUAACUAGAGAAUUUUGCUGAUUCAAUCGCAAAAGCCUCGUUACAUCCAGCAGAGGGGUAAAUUUAAAAAAAUCGUAGCACCUUUUUUUUUACGCGCAUUCAGGUAUGAAAUUUCAUUGUACAGUGGAUUCUCGUUAUAGUCGCGUACAUGGUGGAUUGUUUACAUCUUGUUGGCAUUGAAGAGAGCCACUAUUACGGGAUUCUACUGUACUGAGUUAUUUACAGAAUUAUUAGUGACUAUGAAAACCUUAAUUAGUGACAAUUAUCGAUUUUUAUGAAUGAAAUUAUGUGAAUUCGUAUCAUUUUACAGAUUUAAUAGUGUCGUCAUCGUUACUCUGGCCUGUAAAUCAGUGAAAAUUAAAAAACGUCUGAGUAUCUCAAUUUUUUUAAGAAUUAUCAAUAAAUUUCCUGAAUUUAUCGAACCAGAAUAUCCAAUGGUAAUAAUUUCGGUAACUUCCACGUGACGAAACACUCAUCUCAAUAAACGAAUGCAAUAAAAA